AUGGCACUCUUUUUCUCACUCCAAAGUAUUCUACUUCUAGUACUCAUUUUCUUCUGUCUUCUACUGCCACUUGCUACGCCUUUUACCGUUAUAAUGUCCGAUUCCUCUGCUCUAGUUGAUGGGCCACAAACCGGGUUCUCCAUGAAGAAGAACGGGUUCCGGACCGACACCCACGAGCAAGAAGCGGUGUACGACAUCAUGAGGGCCACAGGGAACGACUGGGCCACCGACAUCCCUGACGUUUGUCGUGGCCGUUGGCACGGCAUCGAGUGCAUGCCCGACAAGGACAACAUCUACCACAUUGUCUCACUCUCCUUCGGGGCAUUGUCCGACGACACCGCAUUCCCGACGUGCGACCCGACCCGCUCCUAUAUUUCGCCAUCUGUCACUAAGCUCCCACACAUUAGGACCCUAUUCUUUUACCGUUGUUUUGGUCACAACCUUCAGCCAAUUCCAGCAUUUUUAGGUCAGUUGGGUGCCACGCUACAAACUUUGGUGCUUAGAGAAAACGGCCACGUGGGUCCCAUCCCUAGUCAACUCGGCAAUCUCACCCGUUUAAGGGUCCUUGAUCUUCACAAAAACAAUCUCAACGGUACAAUCCCAGUCUCACUGGGCCGAGUCACCGGUCUAAGGUCGUUAGACUUGAGUGGGAACAAACUAACCGGUUCAAUACCCGGUUUUACCUUCCCGGAUCUGAACAUUUUGGACCUUAGCCAAAAUCUGCUAACCGGUUCGAUCCCACCCACUCUUGGAACCUGCCAUUCCUUGAUCAAAAUAGACUUUAGCCGUAACCGUCUGAUCGGUCCAAUCCCCGACUCAAUCGACGGGUUAAAAAACCUCAUGCUUAUGGAUUUAAGCUACAAUCGUCUCACGGGACCCCUACCCAUAUCAGGCUUAGUCUCUCUCCAAGCAUUGAUUAUGAAAGGAAAUCCAAUGGCGCCCGACGCAAUUCCUAGCGAUGGGUUUGACGGCAUGAAAGGCUUGAUGAUUUUAGUCUUAUCAAAUAUGAACUUGAACGGUCCGAUUCCGGAAUCACUCGGCCGAUUAACAAACCUCCGUGUCCUUCAUCUCGACGGGAAUAACUUCAACGGUUCAAUUCCGGCGAACUUCCGAGACUUGAAGAAUCUGAGCGAGUUGAGAUUAGACGAUAAUCAACUGAGGGGGCCGAUUCCUUUCGGGAAAGAAACGGUGUGGAGGAUGAGAAGGAAAUUAAGGCUCUAUAACAAUUCCGGACUCUGCUACAACGCCAAUAGCGGUGUAGAAGAUUUAGAUCCAUGGCUUCAUCCGGGCAUUGGUUUGUGUGACGUGCCACGGCCAGCAAGAAGAGUAGAGCAUCUUUCUACCAUGGAAACAUACAUGCCAACAAAAUUCCAUACAUCAUCUGGGGCUUUUUUGAAAUUGUCAGUUUAUGUUAGUUUGCUUCAACUAGCUACUUUUGUAAUUUCUUCUUUGCCUUUAAUGUAAUGUAGAAAUAAAACCCAAGUAAUACAUAUAUAAUAUUUAUAAUAUUUAUUUUUGGCUGUAACAUAAAUAUAAGUGGUAACACCAUUUUUACCUCCGGCCAUUGUUGCUUAAGUACUUUUUUAAUUGAAGGGAAAAAUGUAAAAUUAAUUCAUGAAGUUUAUCUGAUUUGCAAUU